AAUUAAUGGAAAGCACUCAAGACAAAUUAACAGCUCUCACUAAAACUAAUCCUGCUCUUUGGGAUGAUGGGGAUUUGACUGUCAGUGAAGAAAGCAGUGACACCAAGCCUGCUCAGCUUCCUAACUUGACUAAGCAGUUCACCAAUACUCUGAAGGAUAACAAGGGUCACCUCAGGCCUGACUCCUUAUCAGAAUUCUGCAUUGAGAAACGUAUUGUCAAGCACUCCUCAGCACGCAAUAUCCAGAAUGAUUCGAUCGAGAAAGAGCUAGAAAUCUCUUUUGCCCCAGAAGAGCACAAAGGGAACCUCUCCCAAGAGAUCAGUUCAGGAGUGAAAGGCAGGAAAGUUACAGCCAGUACCUUUCGCUCAGAGCAUAAACGUCUUUGAGAUCUCAGGAAGACUCCUUCAUGUGAGAUCUUAAAGAAAAUCCUUUAAGCCAAUAGACUCGAUUCUGAUUGGCUUGAUAUACUAACAUCAUCAAUUUAACGUAAUAAUUAAUAAGAAAUUUCU